GCGGCUAUAGCGGCGCCAUCUUGGGCGUGAGUGCGGGUGGCUGGCUGGAGGUGUUUCGAAGCUAGUUCUUCCCGACCUCUGUUCCCUGGGUCGACACCGACGUGCAUUUCGAGCUUUCGGCCGGCUCGGGAGGCACGCGCUGAGAUGAUGCUGAGAGGAAACUUGAAGCAAGUGCGCAUUGAGAAGAACCCGGCGCGCCUUCGCGCUCUGGAGUCGGCGGCCGGAGAGGGGGACCCGGCGGCCCUGGCGCUCGCGCUGCCGGGGGAGCCGCCGGUUCCCGCCGCGCCCGCCGGAGAAGACCGGCCGGCUGACGAGGGCGGUUUCACCAUUGACAUCAAGAGCUUCCUCAAGCCGGGCGAGAAGACGUACACGCAGCGCUGCCGCCUCUUCGUGGGGAACCUGCCCACGGACAUCACCGAAGACGACUUCAAGCGGUUGUUCGAACGCUAUGGCGAGCCCAGCGAGGUCUUCAUCAACCGCGACCGCGGCUUCGGCUUCAUCCGCCUGGAGUCCAGAACACUGGCUGAAAUUGCAAAAGCAGAGCUGGAUGGCACCAUUUUGAAGAGCAGACCUCUCCGAAUUCGUUUUGCUACACAUGGAGCAGCCCUAACUGUUAAGAACCUUUCUCCAGUGGUUUCCAAUGAGCUACUAGAGCAAGCAUUUUCCCAGUUUGGUCCAGUAGAGAAAGCUGUUGUUGUGGUGGAUGAUCGUGGUAGAGCCACGGGAAAAGGUUUUGUGGAAUUUGCAGCAAAACCUCCUGCACGAAAGGCUCUGGAAAGAUGUGGUGAUGGGGCGUUCUUGCUAACAACGACCCCUCGUCCGGUCAUUGUGGAGCCCAUGGAACAGUUUGAUGAUGAAGAUGGUUUGCCAGAGAAACUAAUGCAGAAAACUCAGCAGUAUCAUAAGGAAAGAGAACAACCACCACGUUUUGCUCAGCCUGGGACAUUUGAAUUUGAGUAUGCAUCUCGAUGGAAGGCUCUGGAUGAAAUGGAGAAGCAGCAGCGUGAGCAGGUUGACAGAAACAUCCGAGAAGCCAAAGAGAAACUGGAGGCGGAGAUGGAAGCCGCCCGGCAUGAGCACCAGCUGAUGCUCAUGCGGCAAGAUUUAAUGAGGCGUCAAGAGGAACUCAGACGUUUGGAAGAACUCAGAAACCAAGAGCUACAAAAACGAAAGCAAAUACAGCUGAGGCAUGAGGAAGAGCACCGUCGUCGUGAAGAGGAAAUGAUCCGACACAGAGAACAGGAGGAGCUGAGGCGACAGCAGGAGGGCUUUAAGCCAAACUAUAUGGAAAAUAGAGAACAGGAAAUGAGAAUGGGUGAUAUGGGUCCCCGUGGAGCAAUAAACAUGGGAGAUGCGUUUAGCCCAGCACCUGCUGGUAACCAAGGUCCUCCUGCAAUGAUGGGUAUGAAUAUGAACAACAGAGGAACUAUUCCUGGCCCGCCAAUGGGUCCUGGUCCUGCCAUGGGGCCAGAAGGAGCUGCAAAUAUGGGAACUCCAAUGAUGCCAGAUAAUGGAGCAGUGCACAAUGAUAGAUUUCCGCAAGGACCACCGUCUCAGAUGGGAUCACCUAUGGGUAGUAGAACAGGUUCUGAAACCCCUCAAGCACCGAUGAGUGGCGUAGGUCCUGUUAGUGGUGGUCCUGGUGGUUUUGGUAGAGGGAGCCAAGGGGCCAACUUUGAAGGCCCUAACAAGCGUCGUAGAUACUAAACAGUCUUUCGUUCAUGACUGUUUAGAGGAGAAAAAUAACUUUUACCUGUUACCUAGAAGAAAAGUUUUAUUGUUAUUGUAUUUAGACUUAAAAUUUUUUUUUAAUACUUGAAGUUUUUGUAUUUUUCUUUAUUCAUAAGCUUUGUAGAUUAGAAUGGUAAUGAUGAUACUCAUCAUUGUGAAUGUUCAAAUGUGUUUGUGACUUUAGCUAAAUAUAAGUAUGCCACAGUACUGUGAAUUCUGUGUAGUUAAUCUCAAUAAAGAAAUCAUCUUGGAUAAUUUUAAACUGUUA